GGCUUGUACUGGAUUGUACUGGAUUGUACUAGAUUGUACUAGAAUGUACUAGAUUGUACUGGAUUGUACUGGAUUGUACUGGAUUGUACUAGAAUGUACUAGAAUGUACUGGCUUGUACAUUAUACUGUGCAACGUUAUUGUAUUCUGGUCCCAGGUCUCAUGUCAACUCGUGUUUAGCACAGCAAGGAGUGGCAUAAUGACACAAACACACUGGUACCCAGGAUAACACCAUUGUAUUGUAAGUGUAAUAUCCAAAUAUCCAGGCUACAGUGUAUGAGUUAGAAUUGUCUGACCAUGUCUUUUUCUCUCCCUCUCUCACACACCCUGGACCGAUGUGCCCUGGACCGAUGUGCCCUGGACCGAUGUGCCCUGGACCGAUGUUCCCCUGGCUGUCCACCUCCUCGGAAACUGUAUCUCUGAUAUGUGCUGUUGCCAUGACGACAGACGAGGCGCCAGAGCGACAGCAGCAAAAGAAGCCCGGUCAGCAGGAGGCAGAGCAGCAUCAGGCCGCGCCCCCUGACCACGGGCCCUCUGAGUCCCAGGCUUCCAGCACUCCCGUCACCUCGCCCCACAGCCCCGUCUCGCCCUCCUCGCCCCAGGAGGAGGUGCAGCUGAGACCCCGACAGCGCACCUCGGCCGGCCGUGGCCUGUCGCGACUCUUCUCCUCUUUCCUGAAGAGGAGGUCUCAGUGCGAGGGGGACGGGGGAGAGAAGGGGGAGAAAGGAAGGGACGGGGAAGAAGCCAAGGCGCCCAUCGCUGACUGUGAGCCGGAGCUCAGGAUCGAAGGCGAUCAGAACCUCGACCUGCACUCACUCAGCAGCAACGAGGCUCAGGUAGACCAGAAGGAAGACCCAGACACUGAGAAAGACUCUGAGGACGAGGGGGGAGAGAAAGACAAGGAGAAAAGAGAACAGGACAGUGCCCAGGAGAAGGAGAAAAAGGAGGAGGGCCCCGAGGGAGAGGGGGAAGGAAGAGAGGGCGAGGAGGGGGAGGGAGAGAAAGGGCUGAAGGAGAAGACAGCCGAGGAAGACGCUCAACCUCCUAAGGCUCCCCGUCGACCCAGGAUCAUGCAAAUUAAAGUUACACUGCUGGACGACACUCUGUUUGAGUGUGAGCUGGAUAAACAUGCCAAAGGAGUGGAGCUGUUCACCAAGGUGUGUGACCACCUCAACCUGCUGGAGAGAGACUAUUACGGUCUGGCCAUCUGGGAGUCGCCCUCCGUCAAGACCUGGAUGGAUUUCACCAAGGAGAUUCGCAGGCAGGUUCAAGGUGCAAAGUUAGACAAGAUCUGUGCAGACGCACAAUCAUGUACAGGCACCAAUUAUGACUUCACCUUCAAUGUGAAGUUCUAUCCACCUGACCCAGCCCAGCUUUCUGAAGACAUCACCAGGUACUACCUGUGUCUCCAGCUACGUAAGGACAUCCUGGGGGGCCGUCUACCCUGCUCCUUUGUCACGCUGGCCCUUCUGGGUUCCUACGCACUGCAGUCCGAGCUGGGGGAGUACGACCCAGAGACACACGCACCAGACUACGCCAAGGACCUGAGGCUUGCCCCGGGACAAACCAAGGGGCUAGAGGAGAAAGUCAUGGAGCUGCAUAAGACAUACAGGUCGAUGAGUCCAGCACAGGCAGACGUGGCCUUUCUGGAGAACGCCAAGAAACUAGCCAUGUACGGAGUGGACCUGCACCAGGCCAAGGAUCUAGAUGGAGUGGACAUCAUGCUGGGUGUGUGUUCUGGGGGUUUGAUGGUCUACAAGGACAAGCUGAGGAUCAACCGGUUCCCGUGGCCCAAAGUCCUCAAGGUCUCCUACAAACGCAGCAGCUUCUUCAUCAAGAUACGCCCCUCAGAGCUGGAGCAUUACGAAAGCGCCAUCGGUUUCAGACUGCCAAACUACAAGGCCUCCAAGAAGCUGUGGAAAGUGUGUGUGGAGCAUCACACCUUCUUCAGACUGACCUCUACUGAGGUGGCUACCACUCCCAGGAAGUUCCUAGUGCUGGGUUCUAAGUUCCGCUACAGUGGGCGGACCCAGGCCCAGACCCGCCAGGCCAGCUCUAUGAUUGACAGGCCAGCCCCCCUAUUCCAACGCUCGGCCAGCAAGAGGAACUCACGCAGCAUGGACGAAGCCAUGGUGUCCACUCCAGACAAGAGCACUCGUCCUGUCAGUGCUCCCAUCAUGUCCCCAGUCUCUCCCGGGGAUGUCGCACCGUCCCAUGUGACCUCGGGCCUGCCCUGCGGUGAGCGGCGAGAGGCCUCCACCCCCACGGUUCGCCAGUCCCGCUCAGCAGAGAGGAAAACCAAGGAAGAGGCCAAGGUGGAGAGCAGGGUGGCAGAGGUCUCCAAGACACAGAGCUCCAGACCACAGUCCACCCCAGAGUUCAAGAGGGAGGGAGCCAGGAGGAGCAGGCAUCAUGCCCCUGCAGUCACCACCACCACCAACGGGACAGAGAGAGAGAGAAAGAGCCAGCAGCAUUCGUCCCGAGAGAGAACCGACACGGAGACGGUGCGAGUGAGGAAGAAAAGAGCUAAGAAACUUGAGGGUGAAACUAUUUAUAUCAGGCAUAGCAAUUUAAUGUUGGAGGACCUGGAUCAGACCCAGGCAGAGAUCAUGCGUCACCACAGCAGUAUCAGUGAGCUGAAGAGAAGCUUCAUGGAGUCUGUUCCGGAGCCGCGGCAGAGCGAGUGGGACAAACGCCUGUCCACCCACUCACCCUUCCGCACGGCCAGCAUCAACGGACAGCUGCAGCCAGGCACUGACGGGGUGAGGACGGCCUCCCUAUCACCUGCAUACAGAGUAGUUGGUGGCGUAUCAGAGAUAAAGUCAUAUCCACUCCCUCCUCCUCCUCCGUAUCCUCCACCUCCUCCUCCACCGCCACCCCCUUCUCCUGAGGAGGAUCCGGAGACCCAGAGAGGUGUUUGGGCCUUGGGUCACCGAGCAUCACCGCUCCCCUCCCUUAGCUCCUCUUCUGCCAGGGGGCUGAAAAUACAGUUUUACUCCCAGACUUGAAGCUGCCUCCAGCUACCUGGGUAUUCUGCCUAGCCCAGACCCUUCUCAUGUCCUGUCUAUGUACCUGAAGACGCCUGCAGAAUAAUAAGCACUCCCAUCAGAACAUUUGCUAAACUUUUACCUCCAAAAACUUUUCUUAACUUUCAAUCUGUAUUGAGUGUAGGCGUGUUUAUACGAUAGGCCUCUGAAUGGAGAUGAUCAUCGUUAGCAGGUUUUUUUUCUAAAAGAUCACUGAAAAAAUUACACCAUUCUAGAAUAAUACACUAGUCUGGUGAUUUGACAAGGAGUCUUGUCUUCAUGAACACAUUACCAACAAAUCCCAAAUAUGAGCCUCCCAAGUCUCGAUAGACCUCAAUGCAUUUGAUAAACUCAUCUCUUUAAGGCAGGCUCGUCGACCGACUGACUACAUAAGAUUCAGUGAGGAUUAGAUCACACUGUGAUCUAGCCAACCUGCACCAAGCCAGUUUCUAUGGUGGUUCUCCCCUAACGGUGUCUGAUCCAAGACGUUGCACUGCCAAAACAAACAGUUUGCACUAGCUAGCAUUUUACCUGCCAGACAAUGCCUUUAUCCAAUCUAACCCCAGCCACUCAAUCUAACCCCAGCCAUCCAAUCUAACCCCAGCCACUUAAUCUAACCCCAGCCAUCCAAUCUAACCCCAGCCACUUAAUCUAACCCCAGCCACCCAAUCUAACCCCAGCCACCCAAUCUAACCCCAGCCACCCAAUCUAACCUCAGACACCCAAUCUAACCCCAGCCACUCAAUCUAACCCCAGCCACCCAAUCUAACCCCAGCCACCCAAUCUAACCCCAGCCUUUAUCCAAUCUAACCCCAGCCACUCAAUCUAACCCCAGCCAUCCAAUCUAACCCCAGCCACUCAUUCUAACCCCAGCCUCCCAAUCUAACCCCAGCCAUCCAAUCUAACCCCAGCCAUCCAAUCUAACCCCAGCCUUUAUCCAAUCUAACCCCAGCCACCCAAUCUAACCCCAGCCACCCAAUCUAACCUCAGACACUCAAUCUACCCCCAGCCACUCAAUCUAACCCCAGCCAUCCAAUCUAACUUCAGAAACUCAAUCUACCCCCAGCCACUCAAUCUAACCCCAGCCAUCCAAUCUAACCUCAGACACUCAAUCUACCCCCAGCCACCCAAUCUAACCCCAGCCACCCAAUCUAACCCCAGCCAUUCAAUCUAACCCCAGCCAUUCAAUCUAACGCCAGCCACCCAAUCUAACCCCAGCCACUCAUUCUAACCCCAGCCAUUCAAUCUAACCCCAGCCACUCAUUCUAACCCCAGCCAUUCAAUCUAACCCCAGCCACACAAUCUAACCCCAGCCACCCAAUCUAACCCCAGCCAUUCAAUGUAACCCCAGCCACUUAAUCUAACCCCAUCCAUCCAAUCUAACCCCAGCCACUCAAUCUAACCCCAGCCUUUAUCCAAUCUAACCCCAGCCACUCAAUCUAACCCCAGCCACCCAAUCUAACCCCAGCCACCCAAUCUAACCCCAGCCACCCAAUCUAACCCCAGCCACCCAAUCUAACCCCAGCCACACAAUCUUACCCCAGCCACACAAUCUUACCCCAGCCAUCCAAUCUAACCCCAGCCAUCCAAUCUUACCCCAGCCACCCAAUCUAACCCCAGCCAUCCAAUCUAACCCCAGCCAUCCAAUCUAACCCCAGCCACCCAAUCUAACCCCAGCCAUCCAAUCUAACCCCAGCCACUCAUUCUAACCCCAGCCACUCAUUCUAACCCCAGCCAUCCAAUCUAGCCCCAGCCAUCCAAUCUAACCCCAGCCAUCCAAUCUAACCCCAGCCACCCAAUCUAACCCCAGCCAUUCAAUGUAACCCCAGCCAUCCAAUCUAACCCCAGCCAUCCAAUCUAACCCCAGCCAUCCAAUCUAACCCCAGCCAUCCAAUCUAACCCCAGCCAUCCAAUCUAACCCCAGCCAUCCAAUCUAACCCCAGCCACCCAAUCUAACCCCAGCCACCUAAUCUAACCCCAGCCAUCCAAUCUAACCCCAGCCACUCAAUCUAACCCCAGCCAUUCAAUCUAACCCCAGCCACCCAAUCUAACCCCAGCAUGGAGGAGCAGAGCCCUAUAAAAACUCUCCAGCCCCAGAACUGCUGCUGCCACCACUGCCCUGGAGGUUGGUCCGGCCUGGUCAGACCACCCUGGACCCUAACCCUCAUUGCCUAGAGCCGGAGAUCCUGAGUCAGGCUGAAGCUCAGUGAUGGGAACUAACACUCACUACUGUCAAAGGUCAGACAGAACUUCCAUAGAGAACUUUAUUAAAUAAACUGAAGACGACUUUUCCUCUCCUCCUGCCCUCACUUCAACAGUAGAUCAUUUAAUUACAACAUCACAUGCCACCACUCUCCUGCUCCUCCACCUCCCUCCUCCCCCAUCCCAUCCCCCUCAUACCCCACUCCCUACCCCACUUCUUGUCCCAUGCCUUCCUUCUCCUCCUCCACCUCCCUCCCCUUGUCCCCUGUCCCUUUUCCUCCUCCACCUCCCUCCCCUUGUUCCCCCUCCUCUUCCUCCACCUCCCUCCCAUUGUCCCCUGUCCCUUCUCCUCCUCCUCC